CGCUGCUCGCUCGGCUCCCCGAUGGCCGCGGGCUGCAGGGACGGGGCUGGGCAGGAGAAGUACCGGCUGGUGGUGUGGGCGGCGGCGGCGGCGUGGGCAAGUCGGCGCUCACCAUCCAGUUCAUCCAGUCAUACUUUGUCACGGAUUAUGAUCCAACAAUUGAAGACUCCUACACCAAACAGUGUGUGAUAGAUGAGAAAGCAGCACGUUUGGACAUUCUGGAUACAGCAGGACAAGAAGAAUUUGGAGCUAUGCGAGAACAGUAUAUGAGGACUGGGGAGGGCUUUCUCCUUGUCUUCUCAGUCACUGAUAGAGGAAGUUUUGAAGAAAUCUACAAGUUUCAAAGGCAGAUACUUAGAGUGAAAGACCGUGAUGAAUUUCCUAUGAUUCUGGUUGGUAACAAAGCAGAUCUGGAUCAUCAAAGACAGGUAACACAAGAAGAAGGCCAGCAAUUAGCACGACAGCUUAAAGUAACGUAUAUGGAAGCCUCAGCAAAAAUGCGAUUGAAUGUAGACCAAGCCUUUCAUGAGCUUGUCAGAGUAAUAAGAAAAUUUCAAGAACAAGAGUGCCCUCCUUCACCAGAACCAACACGGAAAGAAAAAGAUAAGAGAGGCUGUCAUUGUGUCAUUUUUUAAGAAUCCCAUGAAUCAAGCUAUCAGCUGCCAGAUUAAUUUUUCUUUCCACCAUUUUGCAUCACUUUGGGUAUGUCUAGCCUUUUGUGCCAUGUUCUAUAAAUGGCUACCAAAAUAGCCUUAGUCCAAGAAGCUGGCUGAAUACAGUCCUAGAAGACAACUAGUCAUCUCAGGGCAGACUUCAAAGCAAAACACUAAGGCUGCUUCUUUAAAAUCACAUUUCCUAUUUUUGCUCCCUUUAAGAGCUUGCACCUUGUGGAAUUUUAUUCAUAAAGGAGAUGAAACAAAACCUUAGAGGACAAGGUGUUCAAGUGAAACAUAAAAGUUGUCUAUGUUAAUUUAUUUUUCACUUCUGACAUUCUUUAGCUACUAUCAAGGAGACCUCUAAUCACAGUGUAAAGUGUAUUUAAUAAAAAAGUGUAGUGGCUUUUUGCCCUUCAGUUAAAUUAGAGUUCAACUAGCCUUGAGAAACCAACACUGAAUUUCUUUGUCAGCAAAAAUGUUUCACCUCUUGUUUAUGCUUCAGCUUUUUUUCCAGUGGCCAAAAGUCUGCUUACUGUAUUUUAUGGAUCUAGAAUAGCUACAGGAUUAUUAUUACUACUAUUAUAAUGUGGCCAAAUACCUGGGCUCAUUCUGGACUAGCCAUUUCAGUUUGUUAGAAAAAUUUCACAUUAUUGUUGGGGGAAAAAUUUUCCUGUGUCUUCCUUUGAUGUAUUUCUGGGUAAGGGAUUCAAGAAAACUAAAAUUGUAGCUGUUUGUUUCAUGUAAUAUAAAAAGAUGGAUUUGAUCUUUCCAAUGUCAGAUGAUUAAAUGUUUUUGCUA